GUGAGUGACGUCACUGGACGACAUUAACGGCUGGUUGAUUCAGAUGUUUUUGAGAGGAGAAAACGACUCGAAGCAAUCGGACAUGACAUUGUAGUAUAGUCUUCUUCUUUGACUUUUUUUUUUGCAUCUCCCUAGUGACACUUCACGCCCUGAAACCCCUCCCCUGAAGGCAUUUUCUAAAUAGAAAAUAGAGGACUGAUGACACUCUACAUAAAAUAUCACAACAACCUUAACUAGAGGAUGUUCUUUUGAGUCAAAACCUGGAAAAUCCACCUGCAGUUUGCAAGCAUCAAUUUUGAACUCUGAGAAAAGUUGUUGGGAUGGCACUAGGUGUUAUAUUGAUUUCACUUGUUUUCGUUGUUAAGGGACACAUGGACUGGAUAUUUUCUGUGGAGUGGAUUGAUGAUUUUCAUCUAGCAACAGGUUAGUUGAAAGUAAAAUAUAACUUGAAAGGAACUCUGAUAUCUAAAUUGGGUAUUCAAAAAUUACAGGUAUAUCUCCUGUCUUUUUCAGUGGUCAUCAAAACAUGCAUGUAAGAUCUGCCCAGAUUUUCUAGCAAACUGAAUUGAGGUUUAUUGCAAAAUCAAAUCCAGAGCUAUUUAGAUUAAAAUAAGCUGUAUAUCAAGAGUCCUUUAAAAAUUAAUUUUUACGUUUUUGUUUUAUCAAGUACCUCUUCAAGUUUUGCCAGAUAUUAUGGACUGAAUAAUUUUUCCUUAAGGAUAAGGUCCGUGGCGUCAAUCAUUUAAGCCGUGUUCAUUGUUUUGUUGGAAAAAAAAUUAAAACCAGUUAACAUACAGAUGCGGGUAUGUCUUAUUAUUGGAUUAUUGAUCUGUUAACUUUGGAUACAUUUUUAAAGCCACUGAGAAUCAUGUUAUCAACAGUUUCCUUCUUAACGGCCUAAAUGCAUCCAGAAAGGUUUGUAGGCAAGCCCCAUUAAAGUCUGAGUAAGAUUGUCAUGAGAGUUGUUGUUAGAACGAAUGUACCCCUGACUGAGUGUAUUAAUUAACAAUAUUAAGGAAUGAGGCUGAGUAUCUUAUGAAGAAUUAUGGAGAUCGAGGAGGUUGUUGUGGAUAACACCCUCCGAGAUCUCCAUAAUUCUCUGCUAUGUCACUGCGUUCCGCCGCAGAGAAAACGCUUAAGUUCUAAUCAGCAGAAAGGCAACAACACGUUGAAAUAGGAAGGACACGACAUACUUACCUCCGUCGAUCCAUCGAUGUUAAGUUUAUCUUUGAUAGUGCACGUUUAGGUUUGGCAUGUUUUUAGGCAUGUUUUUAGCUAUUUUUUCACCUAAUUCUUACUCUUGGAACAAGUGAAAUGUCUGCCAUUUUUCAAGUUCACAACCAAAACAACUCAACCUCAUCCCCAGAUCUUCUCGGUUAAUGGUGCAUUAACCUGCAAGAAUGCUGCAUUUUUUAUGUCAUUUCCUCGCUAAACACAAAAUUCUUCCAAAUUUGGUCAUCAGAAACUGGUUAUGGUGAAUUAAACGUGUGCUUUUAGCCAAUCAGAAUCUGGGAAAUAUUUUGAAUGAAUAAUGUAAAAUAAUAUUAUUCUUCUUUAGCUGAGGUAGUUAUUAAUAGUUCCUUUGCACUGUUAUAUUUAUGUAACUUUUUUUUGCUUUAGGAUCGAGAGAUGGUAGUAUUUCAUUAUGGUGUGUUCAAGAUCCAGUCACACAAAAGGAAGAUAAUGAGUUGAACCUCUGUAUUAAAUCACCUGCCAGCCGACUAUAUAGUACAUUAGAUCAACAGAAUAAAGGAAAAGACAAAAUAAGAGAUCUGGUUUAUGAGAGAAACUCGCAGGUAUAAAAAUGCAUUUUCUGUCUUUGUUUACUUUUUAGUGUACUGGUACUCAACCAGAAAGGUUUGGGAAAAAAGUGUGCAGUCCCUGGAAAUUUCUAGAAAUCUGUAAACUUGAGCAUUGUGUCAUAAGGUUUAUGGUUAGAGAACCUGAACAAGAGGAGAAAUUAAUACUGCAUUUACAGGGUAGGAAAAACCCAGGUUUGAUUGCCCGAAGCAAGUAAACUGGAUCUUGGGCAAGUAAAAAUAAAAGAGACAUUUGAUGGCCUGCUGGGCAAGUGAAUUAGCCUCAGUGGUCCUAUGAGUCUGUCUGAAAGUGUCAGCUUGGUACAUAAUUUCCAGACACAAACUAUUUCAAAACUGAAAACUAAAAGAUAAAUGACAUACUAGAUUGAGAGUAUCAAUCAAUUUGAAAUCCAAGUGCUCCUUUGCUUGCUCACUGCUCUGAUCACCACAUUGGUCAAUUCCAGUAGUUACUCUGUAUCUGGCACAGCAUUUAAGUACUAGUAAUCUCUUACACUUUCUUAUAAUCUCUAACUUUUUUAUAUACAGUGCUGUAUAAUGUAUUCCAACCCGUAGAUAGAGGAGUCUGUGUUUUAUUUCUUUAAAAAAGUCAGACUUUUUCACAAAAUUCUUACUAUGAAUGAUAUUUUUUUUGUAUAAAUUGUUUAUAUUUAUCCAUGGGGUAGAUAAUAUAAAGUACAUGUUACUAAUAUUUUAACUGUAGUGAAGAUCGUGUGGCAAGCAACAGGUUCAAACACUUAUGACAUAUCCUGUUUGAUUUUGUUUCUUUCAGACGCUGGUUUCAUUGUCAGCUCUUGGAUAUGUUCAUCUUUGGGACAUGAAUACAUGCCAGGCAGUAAGUUUUUUUUCUUUUUUUGACCACUAAGUAAAUACAUCAAACAUAACAUGCACGAGACAGUAAGGCAAAAUUACACUUACUUAACUUUGAAAGUGGUUGCUUGGAAAGACACUCAGUCAAAAAUGUGCCAGAAAUAUUGUUUAGAUGUUUUAGGAUAAUAUUUGUUUGGGUAAUAGCAUGAUUUGUAGUGAUAUUUGGCAUAAAUACCACAAGUGAUAUUUCGAAAUUGUUAUACAUAAUUUCAUGAGCCUUUAGGGGAGUGAAUUUUAACCCAUUCGCCCCUGAACAGCCCGUAACCGCCCGUGCGGAUCCAGGUCCUUUCUACCCUUUUGUGACGUCAUCAGUUUUAACGGUCAAGGACAACUUUCUUCGCUAACUUGUGCAGAGUGAAGAGAUCUUUCAAACUAUACCAGAAUGAGCACAAUUCAGUCAAGGACAGCGGAGAAAGAAGCAAAAAACCACGUGACAUUGACUUGAAAAUCUCCAUGAAAAUCUUGUUCCAUUACCCACCUACCUUUCCUUUCACCUAAUCCUAAGAUGCUAAAAGCUUUCCUAAAAACUCUUCCCACCAAAAUGAAGCCUACUAAAUGCCCAGCAAGAGAAAAAAAAAAAUGAGGCAAGAAAAGCGAAAAAAGAAGGGAGGAGAGAAAGCGAAAAGUAAAAGUCAAGACUGCUGUGUCACUUUUAAACCCAAAAACUAUCUUGAAAUUUUGCUUUCUGCUCAUGCCCGAACUUCGCAAGCUGAUAUUUUGCAUCUGGAUCAGAAGGCCGCAAAGUGUUUGACCUGUAAACCGGUUUGUGGUAAGUUUUAGCUCUUUAUAGCACGACAGUGACCAGAAAACCACUCGACUAGCUUCAAAACGCGUUUUUCGGCAAAAUCUCCAGGAGCGAAUGGGUUAAGGCAAUUUUGAAAUAUCACGAGUGGUAUUUAUGCCAAAUAUCAAUUACAAAUCAUGCUAUUAUUUGUUUAUACUACUACCCACAAAAGGUUUGUAAUUUUCACAUGAAGGUUUUUCAAAUUAAGCUGAAAUAGCACUGCUCUAAGCCAAUCAAAUUGCAGAAAUUUCUGAUGUAGUAUUAUAAAUCCUUUAAUAGAUAGCAAAAUUUAAGCAAAAUAAAAGAUCUUCAAAGGAAACAGAGCUUAAAAGUACAGCAGGGUAGGCAUACGUUCUCACAAACAUGUGACUUGGUAUUGUUCAGUUUGCCUGAGGCUAUUUUGUGAUGUAUUGUGUUCAGAUUUGAACAGUCUUAGGGAAGCUGAUUUCAAUAAAUUUCACAUAAGUUUAGGUAGACGUUGGAUUUCAAGGAAAAGCAUCUGAAAUUUGUUUUCCAAUUCUCCAAGAUUUUUCUGUCUGAACAUUGUAGUUGUUACAGUAGUCAACGUGAUAUGGCUGAUUAUUGGAGUCAGAGCUGUCAUUGAGAGCUGUAACCCAUAACACCUGUAACUACAGUGAGCUCAUUUUGAUGUUAUGGGUGAUCAAAGUGGAAAACUAGAAAAAGCACUAGAUGUUUUGUGAGUUGUUAGGAAUGAAUCUUCAUUUUACUCUGCCACUACAGGGUGCAAAGAAAGUCAUUAAAUACAGCUUGCCAGUCGGGCAAACUGAAGCUAGCAUUUACUAGCUCAAACAUCACUUCAACUAGCCGCCCAAAUUUUUUGAUGAGCAGAAUUGAUUUCACUCUUCUUCCGUAAGUUGAAUUUCUCAAAAUACUUCACUUGCCUGUUGGGCAAGUUAAGAACACAAUUCACUAGUCCAAUAGCAAAAUCCUUUUGCCCUGGGCUAUCGGACACUAAGUUUUUCUUUGCACACUGCACUACAGUCGAACCUUCGCUAACGGCCACCUCUCUACCAUGGCCAUUUUUUUUGGUGGACAGUCCAUACAUUCACUGUGUUUCAACCUCUCUACAAUGGCCACUUUCUUCUGUCCCUAAGGUGGCUGUUGUAGAGGGUUUAACUGUAUUUCAAAAAUUUAUGACAGUCAUUUAUACUUCAUUUGGUUCUUAAAGCCUAAGUAUACUAUAACAAAUAAGGAAAAAGCACUGCAGUGGCAUUUAGGUUUUAACAAUGUCAGGUACAUACCUGUCUGACUGGAUUUGAUACAAGGUGCCUGCACUCAGUCUCUGGAUAGCCAAGCCCAAGGAUCACGAACUCACCAGCCCUCCCCACCCAUGACACUCAUGACUAGUCAGUCACUUUGCCAAGCUGUGCAAUUAGCAUUAUGAUUAUCAGUCAGAUCACUGAUUUGGCAGGGCUAGCCUACAAGGAAAAUUCCUUGACUUUCCACUGCUUUCUAACUUGAAACUCUAAUCAAAGUGUCAAAACCCCCCUCCCUACACUCCUACUUUUGACACAAAGCUACCAGUCACCCACCCACUGUUAGGUCUGGGCCUUUAGUAUCUGGUGGCACCUAGCAAGACAGCAAGCCUCCUGGAUUUUUUCCAGCUACCCUGGCUUGAACAUGGGCAAUGCCCAUGUUCAAGUAAAAACCUAGAGGACACCUCUUAGCAAAUUCACACAGACCUGUCUAUAUUAUACAUAACCAAGUGCAAUUAAUUGAGAGCAAAAAAGUAUGAGUCUGUAAUGGGAAUCAAACCCAUGGCCAUGGUUCAUGUACUGGUUAGAUGCACCUCCUCUCUGUUUCUUGGCAUAUUUUCUUUCUUGAUAAAUAAUUUAUUGUCCUGUGUGUCUUGUAGAAAAGUACCAUGACACUGAAAUAUCCAGAGGAAACAGUGUGCCUGGCCUUGGAAAAGGACAACAUGCUUUUUGCUGUUGGUUCUCAGUCACACAUUUCAUUUUAUGACGUAAGGUGUGGGAAAGCUGUGGGGUUUAUUAGCUCCAGUGAUCGUGGUGCAGGUGAGCUGUUUUCUUCUCUCACACGGUGAUUAUGGCUAUGCAUCUAAGGGAGCAUUCCAUUGGGAUUAUCCAGAUCAGGAUCAGUGAUCUGAGAUCACUCAGAUCUUAGCACAUCAAAGGAACCGACAAAUCCACCCUACAAUGAACCAAGUGAUCUUGGAUUACUGAUGUUGAUCCUGAUUCAUCCCAAAGGAAAGCACCCUAAAUUAGCCUGUAAACAGACAUUUUAUUUUUCUUUUUGUUGUUUUCAAAAACAUAGGCGAGUUCGCAAGCGAAGUGAGCGAGCACCACUACCCCCUUUCGCCAGUGGUCAAUAAAUCCCCAGCAGUUUAUAUUUUAUGACCCGCACUCGGCGGACUUUGAAGUGAAAAUAGAGGGUCUGUAAACAGGCUAACCCUAAAUUUGCCAUUUAUUGUCAUCAUUACAAUUCACAACAAAAAUCCACUAAGUAGCCUUCAUAAUAAGUGUUAUUUUUUACUGUUACCAGGGUUAUCACUAAGGGCUGGGGGCUGCUGGGGACUUCCCUUUGCUACUUUAAGAAUGGCCCCCAUGUACCAUCAGAGAAAAAAGGGCAAUUAGAGCCAAAAAAACUUCCUAGCUGUUUACAUCUCCACCUACUAAUUGGUUUGAAUUUUAUUUCCUUUUUUUAUGGCAUGGUAGUGUAUGAUAAUGAGUUUAAAACAAAGAGAAACCAAGGAUAAAAUUGAACCACAACAUAUGCAAUUAGUAGGUGAGAACAUAAACAGCCAGGAAGUUCUUUUGGCUCUAAUUGCCUUUUUUUCCCUGAUAGUACAUUUUUUUUUUUUUUUUUUUUUUUUUUUUUAAAUUUGCUUUACUUAACCCAAUAAUUACAAUAUUGAACACUGCUUACACUGCUUACAUUAUUUGCAACAUUCAUACCAUACUUACAAUACUGACAAUACUUAUUGCUUACAUUGCUAACAAUACUACUGUUUUCAAACAUUAUUACAUUUCGUAUGCUUCAAGUACUCAGUUGCAUCGGAAGAAACUUAUUUAAGGAUAGUUGGCGUUAUUGAGGCAGGAUAAGCUACGGAUGAAAGACAUAGAGAAUAUCAGGGGGCGUUGGGAAUAGCGCCAUGGUAGAAACGAUAGUUUCUACGUGAUGUCGUGUAGGAAUGACCAUUGUUUGGGCAGAACAUUGUUUGCUUCUGCUUGUGCUUGUAUGUUGUAAAUUGUCUUUAGGUGUUUGAGAAAUCCUUGCAAUAGAGGUAUAGCUUCUUUUUGUUUUGCAGAGCCAGAUAUAGUGCCUGGCAAUAAGAAAACAAAAGUUGAUCAGGCGUUGAAGUUUAGAAGAGUCUGAUCUCAGGCCUAGUGAAACAGUCAUGUCUGCAGAGUAACUAUCGGGAAUAAUUUGGCAAAGUUUUAAUCGCGUUAUGAUGCUCUCCCAGAAGAGCGCCGUUUUGGGGCAGGACCAGAAAAGGUGUACGAGUUUUUCUGGUUCUUUUUUACAAAAGGAGCAGUUGGAGUUUUCUUUUACUCUUAUCUUAGUUAAGAAAGCGUUUGUUGGUAUUCUUCUGUGCAGCAAUUUAAAUUGAAAUUCCCUGAGUUUUAUGCUUUUUGUGAUUUUAUGAGCUAGCUGGUAGGUCGCACCCACGUUAUUUCGUUUUGACCUAAGUUGCAGUCUUGAUUCCAUUUUUGCUGGCUUGUAGUAGGGGGGGCACUUUUCUUUGUAAUUAAUUUGUCAUACACCAACUUGCUUGCUUUUUGGGCUUUCAUUAGUUUUGUCGAAAAGCUUUCGUAACUAUUACCUUCGUUUGUGUGGUCACCUUGGUUGAAUGUGUUGCAUAGCUUUUUAAGAGCAGAAAUUAUUCCACAGUAUGCCAAGGGUUGGACCUUGAUGUCGUAUUUGUUUAAAAGUUCUGGUGGAGUGAGGAAUUUUCCUUCUCUGUUCCUUAAGUGCUUAACUUUUGUGAUGCCUUUACGAUACCAUUCUUUAAAGAAAAUAGGGCUGUCGUUAAUCCUUACAAGUGAGUUGUACCAUAUGCCUUGUUCUGAAAGCUGGCUCUCUGAUGUUAUCCUCUCUUCAAAAUUGAUUUCUGACCAGAUUAGGAGAAUUUCCUUUAAGAAACUGUCUUGCGUUUUGAAGAUAUUAGCUAUGUCUAUCUUAUUAAGGUUGCUUGUGAAAGGUAGGGUACACUCAAACUUUUUUCAGUUCAAGAUCUAGAAAAAGUUUCCAUUUACCCUGAUUAUCUGUAUCCAGGUACUUUUUUAUCCAAGUGGUUUUAGCGCUUUAUUGAAAGAUAGUAUGUCAAUCAUUUUGAGGCCACCUGCUGGGUAAUUGUUAAUCAUAAUAUCUCGCUUUAUUUUAUCGCCCUUUCCGUUCCAAAGGAACAAGUAAAAAAACUUGUUAAUCUCGCUAAUUAUUUUUUUUGUUUGUGCACAAGGGUGCCAAGACGUACACAAUUUGAGAAGCUACCAAGCUUUUCAGAACAGUGAUCUUCCCACUUAAGGUUAAUCUACGGUAUUUCCAGUUGCUUAGAAUAUUGUUAAUUUUUUCCAGUUUUUCCUUAUAAUUUAGAAGUACAGUGUUUUCAGGGUCUGUCGUAAACCAAACGCCUAAAGAUUUUACUUUGUUUGUUUGCCAUCUGAAAUUUCUUUCUGGAAGAAGAAUUUCUGUUUUUCCACUAUAUGUUCCGAUCCAAAUUGCUUCUGUUUUUUUACUGUUGAGUUUGAGACCCGAGGCUUCUCCAAAAUCGUCGAGUGUGUUGAGAGCAGCUGAGAGCGACGUUUGUGAACCAUUCAAUAUUAAGGUUGUAUCGUCUGCGUAUUGACUUAUUUUAAUUUCCUCUUGGUUAACGUGUAUUCCUCUGAUAUUGCUGUUUCUUUUAAAAGCCUUGGCUAAGACUUCAACUGAAAGAACAAAUAGAUAUGGAGACAACGGGCACCCCUGCCUGACCCCUCUUUCAAUUUUAAAGAAAUUGCUUGUCCAGCCGUUGUUUAAGAAGCAGCUCUCUAUGUUGCUGUAAAGGCAUUUGACCCAGUUUACAACACUUGGGCCGAAACCGAAGUAUUGAAGAGAAUUUAUGAUAAAAGGCCAUUCAAUCGUGUCAAACGCCUUUUCGAAAUCAAGAAAUAAUAAUAGCCCUGGGAUAUUUUUUUCUUUGGUAAAACGAAUAACAUAGUCUAUUAAUCGUAUGUUCUCGCCAAUAAACCUGCCUUUCAUAAAGCCAGUUUGAUCACAGCUGAUGAGAUCGGGAAGAACCUUUUUCAGCCUGUUAGCCACAGCCUUUGCUGCAAUUUUGUAGUCGCAGUUGAGAAGAGUAAGCGGUCUCCAGUUUUUAAUGAAAUACGGCUCAGCGUCUUUCUUGGGAAUGAGUUUGAUUACUCCUCUUCUUUGUGUGAUGGAAAGCUGACUCGUUUCGUGCGCAUAAUUAAGAGCAUUAAUCAAUAAGUUUGAUAUGUUUGUCCAAAAUACUCUAUAAAAUUCUGCAGGUAGCCCAUCAGAUCCAGGGGUUUUUCCCUGUUCCAUGGUUUUCAGGGCUGCAAGGCAUUCCCUUUCAGUUAGCAGGCCUUCACAGUUGUUCCGUUGUUCGUCAUUCAGGACGGUGUCGUUUUCGUGUUUAAAAAAAUCAUAUGUGUCAAUUAAAUUGUGUAUAUUUCUGUUGGAUGUAUAUAGAUUCAUAAAAAAAGAUUCCCCUUCUGCUAAUAUUUCCUGAUCCGAAGUAAUAAAGUUAUUUUCGUCCACUUUAAGUUGGCUUAUAAUGCCUUGCUUAUAGUGUCUCUUUUUCUAGGUUGAGGAAAUAUUUCGUAUUUUUUUUUUCUCCUUCAUUAUGCCAUUUAAUUUUAGCUCUCAAUAUGGAACCUUUCGUACGAGUCUCAAUAAUUCUUUCUAACUCACUCUUUAGAUCAUUCAGUUGUUCUGCAAGUUCAGAAUUUUCUGUUACGCUAGAGUCUCCGUUCUCCAUUUUCGAUUCUAGUUUGGAAAUUGCAUGCUCUAGUUCUGCCUCACGGCCCUUUGUUUUCUUAGUUUUAUUCAUUGCGUAUUGGAGCGAUUUUUCCCGUAUUUUAAGCUUAAUCAUGUCCCACAAUAGAGCAGAGUUUACCAUGUCAUCGUUUUCAUAUUCGUCUUGAACUUCCUUAAUCGUUGUCUUAAUAAGAUUAACAUAAGCAGUUUCGGUUAAAAAGAGGUAUUUAAUUUCCAAAGGCCGGGUCCUCUGCUAUUUGCAUGAAGAGACAGAUCUAAAGUAAUCAUGGAAUGGUCUGUUUUAUAUCCUGGCACUAUAUCGGUGUUAGUGACGUCCCCAAUAACGCUUUGGCUUAUUAAAAGAAAUCAAGUCUACAGUAAACCUUAGGUUGUCGUUGUCUCCAAGUGUACCUUUUGUCAUCUGGAUUGUGAAUUCUCCAGACAUCGAGAAGAUCUAGGUUCUCUGAAAUUUCUUGAACGGUCUUCAAGCUAUUUUGGUGAGUUUUGGCAAUGCCACCUUUUUUGUCAUUUUCGAUGUUAAGAACAAGGUUGAAGUCACCGCCAAUUAUUAUGUCUUCACAUUUAAAAUUUAAAAGAUGAUCGUAAAAGUUUUGAAAGAAUGAAGGUUUAUCCUCGUUGGGAGCAUAGAUGUUAGCGAGGGUCAUGGGGGUCAUGCAACUUGACAUCUCAGUGAUAGCCUUGUUGUUAUGCAGGCUACCCAACUAUGAUAAACAACAGAUAAAGAACCUCCAAGGAAAAAUUUGGUGAUUGAAAGCCAUACAAUCUUUAUAUAAAACCUCUUUUUCAUGACUCUACCAUUAUUUUAAAGAACCAUUUCAGCCUGUUGGCAAGAAUUAGAAGCUCUAUGCUAGGACUUGAGAACCACACUACCUAUGAGAUUUGAGCUCAAGACUGAAGGUGUGAGAAGGUCUUCCCCUAUCCACCUCUCUACCAAUUUUACUCACUCCAGGCGUAAUAUUUCAUUCUAAAAGUAAUGUCUGCUGCACAUUAUAAUUUGGGCUUUUUACAGAGCACUUGUCUGUCAUAAAAUGCCAGUUAACUUGACAUGUUUUUCGAGAGCAACAGUGCUCUGAAUACUGAAAUAUUGGUUGUUGUAUGUGUACAUGUAGCUCACAGAUGUUACUCCCGUUCAUUUCAAUAUACAGGGGUACGCUCACUGAGUUUCCGAGACCUGCUGCUGACUGUUGGCACUGGGCUAGGUUCCCUGUUUUUCUUUGACAUGAGAACUUGUAGCUUCUUGGUACACAGGGACACCGAUCAAAUGUUGUGCUAUAGAUCAGGAAAAGGCUGGCUGGUAAGAAAUGAUACAGAUCUCUCUAUUUUAAGGUGGCUCGACUGGAUUUUUUUGGGGGGAUACCUCCCAAGUUUGAGCAUUAAUUACGUCGCCAUGAGUAAAGAUAUGGAAAAAAGGUUUCCACAACUGUAUUAUAUAAAGAUGAAAAAUUCUUUUGAUCUGGGUUUUAUUGCAAUCGGAGUUGCCAUGGCAACGUAACGAUGCCAUUACGUUUUUUAUUUAUCUUUGUCUUUCUCUGCACCAGGAGUUUUUUUAAGAAAUCGCUUAAGGGAGUUUGUACCUGCCAUAAUUGCCUCAAUUAUGGCAAAGUUUGAACAAAUUCUAUGAGAGGGUUUUCGAAAUAUUUUGAAACGAAAUUUUAAGCAUCAUAAAAACAGUAAAAUAGCAUGCUAUCCACACAAUUAGCUAAUUUUUUAAGAAAAUGAUAAGCUUUGGAAACGCAGCUUCAUCUCAUAGUGGUUUGAUUCCAUUGAAAACUGUGUACAAAAAAAGAGGGGAAUUGCUCUGGGCGAUCGCGAGUAAUAAGAAUUUUAUUAACUUGCAUUCAGCUGCUUUUGUUACAGUUUUUGCACGUAAUUUGGUCCAUGCCUACAAAUUUCGCAUUUUCUAAAAAACCGCUCGAUCAAUUUUUUAUAAAUUUGACAAUCCCGAGAUCAAUUGUCAAUAAAUAUACCCUGCAAGUUUCAAGAACAUUGAAAACAGGGAAGGCUUUUAAAUAGGGCCUCAAAUAUGACCAAUUUCCCCCCCAGAUUUUGUGUUUACAAGUGAGCGUCCUUAUUAUUCACUGGCAUUGUUUUCAAGAAUCAUGUGCACGUGCACAUUUAGCAAAAAAAAUAAAUUUGCAUAAAAAAGAACUCUCGAUUACUUUUGGAAGAAAUAUCCGGAAUAUGCUAAUAAUUGGCUUGUGUCACAGAUAGCAGUGAGAGCCGAGACAGUGAACGUUACGGCUCAUCUUGUAGGAUGUAACACUUAAUUAUCUUACUCGGGUUAUAACAUCACAGAAACUCUUACAAAGAUCUUGCUGUGAUGUUAGAAUAUAUCACUAAUUUCUUUACCCGGUUAUUAGCAUAUUCCGGAGAUUUAACCGAGGGUCCUUUUUUAUAAAAAAAUUUAUCGAGCGUUUUUUUGCAAAAUGCGAAAUUUGCAGGCGUGGAUCAAAUUACGUGCAAAAACUGUAACAAAAGCAGCUGAAUGCAAGUUAAUAAAAUCCUUCUUACUCGCGAUCGCCCACAGCAAUUCCCCUCUGUGUUUGUACACAGUUUUCAAUGGAAUCAAACCACUAUGAGACGAAGCUGCUUUUCCAAAGCUUAUCGUUUUCUUUAAAAAUUAGCUAAUUGUGUGGAUAGCAUGCUAUUUCACUGUUUAUAUGACUCUUAAAACUUUUCAAAAUAUUUCGAAAACGCUCUCAUAGAAUUUGUUCAAACUUUGCCAUAAUUGAGGCAAUUAUGGCAGGUACAAACUCCCUUAAGCGAUUUCUCAAAAAGACUACUGGUGCAGAAAAAGACAAAGAUAAAUAAAAAACCAAAUGGCGUCGUUACCUUGCCAUGGCGACUCCGAUUGCAAUAAAAUCCAGAUCAUAAGAAAUUUUCAUCUUUAUAUAAUACAGUUGUGGAAACCUUUUUUCCAUAUCUUUACUCAUGGCGACGUAAUUAAUGCUCAAACUUGGGAGGUAUCCCCCCCAAAAAAUCCAGUCGAGCCACCUUAAGAACUUUGAGUGGAACUCUUGAUCAAAUUGGGAUGCAAGAUAAUAGUUAUUUGAGAUGUUAGGUGGCCUAUCCUGACUUUUGGCUCCUGGCAGCUCAAAUUGUUACUGACAUCACUGUGUUGCAUAGAGACACAUUUAUAUUUAGUUGAAUUUAAAAGGGAACGUUUGUAGCACUUGAGAGGCUGAAUUGAAAUAACCUUUUCAAGACUGCCAGGAGAAAAGCAAUUUUUUCCUAAGUCAGGGAGUUUUGCAAAAAGUCAGGGAAAAAUCGUAUUUCUUGGCAAGAAAGGGAAAUAAGACAGAGAAUUUUGCUUUCAUGUUGCCUAGGGUUCUAUGGAAAUUAUAAAGAAGUAUUUUAUUGGGAGAAAAAAGUUCUACAGUUAUUUGAUUUUGAUUCUUCAAAUCCUGUAACAAAAUCUUGACUCGCUAAAACGCUUAGAGAUAAAAACAAAUGAGAGUCGAAACCUUUGUACGAUGCUAUUGUUUUGCAAGUAAAAGGCCAGUCAAUAACGAGAAAGCUACAGCAACGGUAAUAGUAGUUUGUUGUCUGCUUGUCUUGUUCACAAUGUUAUGAGUUUGGCAGUAGCUAUGCAAUAGUCAUAUCCUGUUUCUAAUGCUAAACUUUUAUCUUAUAGCGAGACCUGGGACAAUUUGAUUACAUUUUUGAUCACACACAUGCGUGUUGCAGUAAUGCUGUCUACACACACUGUUAUGACCCUACCGGUACCAAGCUCUUCGCAGCGGGUGGACCCCUCUCUCUUGUCUUGUAUGGUAACUAUGCUGCCCUUUGGGAGUAACAGCACUCGUGGCAACAAAGACCCAUGGUGGUUUCCAUAGAACCAGGAUAAACAUAGAUAGCGAGCACCAAAACAAGCAAGCAACCAAGAACUACCUCGUAAUGAAUUUUAUUAUAUCCAUUUUGAAAUCACUGGUGAUCCCUGCAAUUUGAUUGGCUCUCAGCAGUGUGAUUUAUUCACAAAUCAACCUAUUUUUUGCCCCAAAUCACAUCUGUUUUAAAUCGCGUCAUUCAUGUUCUAAAUCAGGUCAUUUCUGUUUUAUAUCUGACUGAAUGCUGCGAUUUCAAAUUGGCUAUAAUAAAGUCGUAAUUGAACUUCGUGUCAAGCAAUUUUGGUCUGAAAUCAUACUUGUAAUUUCAAAUCGAACGAGCACGCAGAUUUUGAAAUCACGCGUAUGAUUUCAGACCAAAUUGCACUCCACUCAGUUCAAUCACCAUUAUAAACUUUGCCGCAAGGGAAUAUAAGUCCCGAGACUGACCAGAAUCAAUUUUCUCCCAACACUUUUGAUACAUAAUCAAGAGGAAGGUUACGAGAACUAUUAAAAUCAGGAUCACCUAAGAGAAAAUUCGGUGAUCUUUUGUCAAAUUCUCUCAACCAAUUCUUUAAUUGAAAGUAUGGAAAUCAGUUUGGAGAAUUUGAAUCUGGAUAUUGGCGCUGAAAAGGGUUAAUAUGUCAUGUAGGUUCGAUUCCCGCCAUCUCCCGGCUCCAAUCUUUGAUCCUCCCCAAAGUGUAGGGGGUGAAUGCGGGCUCAUUUCCCUCUGGCAAACAGAGGCUGGUAAUCGAGCCUAUAUGUCAUCGGCUGAUAGUCUGUUAGUACAAGAUCGAGGUCUUGUGGUCACCUAUAGCCUGCGAGCUCUCUCCGAAAAUAGCUAUUUUUCUGAGGGAAAGAAGCGACGACCGGAGAUGCGUAUGUUGUUCGCAGGCUAGGUCACCUAAGGCCUCUCUGUACUCAAGUGCUAUUUGAAAGCCAUGCAUCUUUGCAAAUUUCGUGUCAAGGCUCUAACUGUCCAAAAGAUAUGUUAAAAAUAACUUAUUUCAUGUUAAAGAUCUUAAAACAUAAAACUAGGGUAUGAGUUUUACCUUUAACAUGUAUUUAAUUCCAAGUACUUGAGGUGGCUCCUUGGAGCAUAAACAAUAAGACUGACAACGAUAUAUUAGUUAGGUCAACGACAUAUUUAUGCUUAUUUGUUGAAAGACGUUGACAUGGUCUCGAAAAGUCUAAAGCAAUACGAAUUUCCUUUUUGACGAGGAGGGCGUCUAAAACCGUGAAACUAUUUUUUGCUUUUUUUGAAAUGAAAAAAAGAGACCGAUCUUUCAGACACAUUUUUAUUAUCACACAAUUUCAUAUAUUUUAUUAAGUCGUCAAUCAAGAUUGUUCACAAGGAUUUCUAUCUUAAAAUUGUUAUUUUUUCGGAUCCCUAGACGUUAAAAGUUUGAAUAAAGUAAAUUAAUGGAUCUAUAACAUAUAUAAAAAAAUCAAUAAUCUUGCUGUAUCGCAAAGGUCGAUUUUUGUAUCAGUCGACGAGACUGUGCAUGUAUUUACUGGAGCUUGCGUCAACGAGAUGAGAUGAGGGGCGCAUAGGAAACCUGUAAGUUGUAACCUUGGUAACCUGGAGGCAGUUGGCUUGUCUAGCAGGCUCGUUUUUCGGGGCCUUGCUUCGACGCCGAAACUCUCACGCGCGAAGACAAUUCCACCAGUUACACAUGUACUUUUGGUAUGGAACUAGGUUAGGUUGCAAACGAUAAGUAAAUUUCUAGGAUCUUAUCCAGCGUAGUUCCUGACAAUGGCACAACGGUGGCCUUUAUAGUGGCCAAAACGAGGUUUUCAAAAGAGUGUUUUUAGCAAGAAAAAAUUAACUUGCAUCGUCGUUGCAAUAGUUUACAGUUCUGUAACGUUUGAUGUUCAAAACGGUCCAGGAGUUCACAGCAAAUGAUUAUCAGAAAAGUAUCAAAUUGGUCCUUGGGCAAUAUUAUCAAUAUUAUAUAACUUAUUUGUUUUAUUUCGCAUGCGUGGGGGUAGUUGAUGGAAAAAAUAGGAAUGUAAGGAUUGCCGUCGUAGUAUACAUUACAAUAAUAGAAUAAUUGCUUUAGUAUGUGACAUAUGUAAUAUAGUA